AUUCUCUCUCCUAUCGAAGGAGCAGCUGAGAGGCUUUCACUUCCUUUCUCUCUGUUCUCUGUUUUCUGUUGCUUCGAAGAUGUUACUGAGGAGCUCAUCCACGCCGUUGCUGAAUUCAUUGAUACCGAACUGCAAUGGAUCGUCGCCGGAUUCCGACGUCUUCCCCUUGCCGGCGCCGAAGCUGUCGCGGACGCGAUCGGUUUGUUUCGCGACGUUGUGCGGCGUUGAGGACGCCUUGAAGAGGCACGCUUCGAUCAGAUCCAUGUGCGAAUCUGAACUGGGUAGCCCGCUCGCUCCGAGGAAGAAUAAGAGCAGCGUAAAGCGAGCUACGACGGCGAAUCCGCCGAAGGUGAAGGAGGUGGUGGUUUUCACCGAGGUCGACAGGUUGCUGUCGAAUUCGGGGCUGGGAGAGGUGGAGCAGGAAGGAUGCGCCGCUUUCGCCGAGGAGAGGGCUCUGCAGACGCUGGUGGUGGGCGGGGGCGACGGUGGCGGGGGCGGGAGAGUGUGCGGCGGGGGACGAGGAUCGGACGGCGGUGAUGGCCCCGGCUCUGGCUCCAAUUCCCAUGACUCCGACAGCUGGCACGGCCAUGAUAGUACGGACGCGUACUAUCAGAAAAUGAUCGAAGCCAACCCCGGCAAUGCCCUCUUGCUGGCAAACUAUGCUAAAUUCCUAAAAGAGGUUAGAGGGGACACAGUAAAAGCAGAGGAGUAUUGUGGCAGAGCAAUUCUGGCUAAUCCCAGUGAUGGGAGUGUGCUGUCACUGUAUGCUGAUCUUAUUUGGCAAACCCAUAAAGAUUCAGCUCGUGCCCAAUCUUACUUUGAUCAAGCCGUCAAAUCUGACCCAGAUGACUGCUAUGUUCUAGCUUCCUAUGCUCGGUUUCUCUGGGAUGCAGAAGAAGAAUUGGAGCAGGAAGAAGAAGAAGAAUGUGAGGGGAAAAGGCAGUGUGGAAUUCAGAGUGGGAAUGCAGCAUCUGAUCUGUUUCAAGGCGCAUCUCCGUUGACAGCUUAAUUAAUGGUCUCCACUCUCUAAGCCUGUAAAUAGAAUGAAUCAUGAAUGGGAUUAGCCUAAUAAUGGAUAAGAGCAUGGUUAAAUUUCCAUAUUUUUGUAGGAACUUGUAAUAACUAUAUAUAUGGUAAUGGUAACAUCGUAACUUGUUAUUUUAAUCUUGUGGAACAAAUAAAA